UUUACUAGCCUCUCUCCCCCCAGCAGAAGUUUGAUCUGUUCCUUUUCAAUCAGUAUGCAAACGAGGGGUGUGAGGAUUGUUUGUACAGCCCCCACCUCGCCUGGAUAUUAACCGUGGCUGAUAAGAGUCAGUUUCCCUCAGCUCAUCAGGAAACUUCAGCCAGCGGGGGAAGCGUGUUACUGUGUGUCGCGGUAGCAGCAGCAGCAAGGCGCUGGCAGCGGGGGAGCCCGGCGCGGAGCAGGGAGGCUGCGGGCUUUGGUCCCGUAUGUGCGAGCGGCAGCUGAAGAGCCAGCCCGCCCCCGCGCAGCCAGCGGCGCUGGGGGAGCAGCACCGACCCCGCGGGCUGCACUGUCGCUAGGGAGGCAGCUGGGCGAGGCGAGCGCGGUGGCCGAGGGAGCGGAGCGGCUGCUCCGGUAACCAAGGAGCCGACCCAGACACACGCCGGCGCCGCUCCCUUCUCCUCCCGCCUGCCCCGCUCCGGCCAGUCCCUCGCCUGAGGGCAGCCGCGCUCCGCCCCGCCCGGCGCGUCCCCAUUACCUGAGUUGGCUCCGUCCCUGGGACUUGGGCUUUCGUCUCCCCCUGCGGGGCCCUUCCCACUCCCGCCGCCUGAGAGCCCCGCGCCUGAGGGAGGGUGAGCCGGGCCCCCGCCUCGGCAGCUCGGCUCCUGAUGGCGGCGCAUCAGCAAACCAGGAUCCAAGCCUACCUGGAGAAGAACAGGAUCGGGCCCCUGUUCGAGGAACUGAUGACCAAGCUGAUAACAGAGACUCCUGACCAGCCAAUCCCAUUUCUCAUUGACCAUCUUCAGUCCAAACAAGGGAACCGGAGUCAACUACAGAGAACAUUGUCUGGAUCUGCUGCUCUCUGGGCAGAAAGUGAGACAUCAGAAAACAAAGGAACAAGAAGAGAUUGCAGAAGUUAUGAUAAACCCUGGCAGGUAAAUGCAAAGAAACCUAAAAAGUCAAAGAGUGACCUCGCUGUGUCCAACAUUUCUCCACCAUCACCGGAAUCCAAGUCAUUGCCAAGGUCAAUAGAGCAUCCUAAAUGGGACUGGCGGAGAAAACCGGAGAGCCAGGAGUUUGAUGAAUUAAAUCAUAUUCUUCAGGAGAGUAAGAAGCUGGGGAAAGCCCUUGAGAAUCUCUCUCGCAGCAUUGCUAUUUCUGAUGAACGUGAGAAGGAUGCAACAGGUUUUAAUACUCCUCUUCUAAGACCUCGUGUGAUUGGAGAAUGGGUUGGUCGCGAGGAGAAUGAUGCUGAUCCAUUGGCUGCGGAGAUGUUGCAACCUCUAGUACCAAGAAGUAAAAAUGAACAAUGGGAUAGUGAAGAUAGCAGCAGCAGUCCUGGAGGAAGUUUAAAGAUGGAGCCGAAGACCAAAGGAUUAAAACAGCAACAACAGCAACAUAAGAAGCUACUGGCUGCCAUGCUUUCCCAGGACUCUUUUGAUUCUGUUCAAAGCACAGCUCCCUCAGUGACAGAAGAAGAUAUUGACAAUGAGGAUGAUGCCAUGGAACUGCUAGGUAAUUGA